GUUCUUUGAGUUUUAUUUUUUUCUUUUCUUUCUCUCUCCUCACAGUUUCCUGCCACCACAUAUGGAGCCUCCGCCAUCUUCCGGCGGAGCAAUCUCCACCACUCCGACGGCGACGGCGACUGUGACGGCGGCAGCAACAGUGACGACGACUGCGCCGCCGCCGUCGUCGUCAGCCCAUGCCACCUACGCCGACUCCGACUUCUCCCCGCGCUCCCGCAAUACGGAGUCCUGGGAUGAGCCGCCGUCGUUCCCCGGCGGCGGCGGGGGGAAGUUGCGGCUGAUGUGCAGCUACGGCGGCCACAUAGUCCCCCGCCCUCACGACAAGUCUCUCUGCUACGUCGGCGGCGACACCCGCAUCAUGGUCGUGGAUCGCCACACCUCCCUCUCCGACCUCUCUCUCCGCCUCUCCAAGACGCUUCUAAACGGCCGCGCUUUCCUGCUCAAGUAUCAGCUCCCUAGCGAGGACCUGGAUUCCUUGAUCUCCGUCACCACGGACGAGGACCUGGAGAACAUGAUCGACGAGUACGACCGCAUCAACGCGAAUUCAACGGCCGCGCGAGCUUCUCGGCUGCGGUUAUUUCUCUUCCCGUCCAAGUCCGAGGCGAUGUCUUCGAUCGGGUCGCUUAUUGAGAGCUCAACCAAGUCCGAUGACUGGUUUCUCAACGCGCUUAAUGGAGCUACUUCUACUUCGACCAAAGUGUUCUCCGAGUCCUCAUCCGUGAAUUGCCUUCUCGGACUCGACGAUGAUAUAGGCAACGGAAAUUCCACCGGAAAAGACGCGGAAACGCAAUUGGACGGCUCCUUUAGCGGAAAACCCGGUCGGGUUAACAAUGCGAAAAUUAAUGUUCCGGAUAUUCAAUCCGUCCCUGAUUCCCCGAUGGUGGAUACCACCUCAUCUUUCGGCUCCACGUCAUCGUCGCCUUCCAUGGCUAAUCUGCCGCCGAUUAAGGUCCACGUGGACGAGAAUCAAAGGGCGGGAAUCGAGGAGCAGCUAUCGCAGAUGAGUGUUGGGGCUAGGGUAGAGCAGAAGCAGGAGGACGGGGGUUUUGCAGCAUUGUCUUCGCCUCCGCCGCCUCCGCUGCCUGCUAUGGUGGCCGGGACGGUGGUUUCCACCGUGCCGGCGGUGGUUGGCGGCGAGUAUCCCAAUCGAGUUUUCUCCGAUGAUGAGAGAUCAGACUAUAGUGCCCCUGUUGGCCACAGAAAGCCUCCGCAAACACAACACUUUCAGCAACAGCCUAAGGCAUCUCCUCCUCCUGAUUUGCCUUCACCUUCGGAUUCAAUUUCAAGUGACAGUAGUAUCACAAAUCCAUUGUCUAGACAAAAGCAUUACGUUUAUCAGGAACCUAUAGUGCAAAUUCAGGCAGGGAAUAGGGUUUCAGCCAAUCCACUUGAGCCUAAGAGCAGUGAUCAGAACACUAGGGCUCCAGUUCCACAGGAUUCUGGAUAUGUGUUGCAGAGCCAAUAUGAUCAGCACCAGCAAUUCGUUCACACGGGACAGUUUAUCCACCAUGCCCCUGCUGGGGCUGUGCCGAUCACUUCGUAUUACCCCAUAUAUCCUCCCCAACAACAGCAUCAUCCCCAACACCCUGCACUUGAGCAUCAGUACCCGUUUUAUAUUGUGCAGGCUAGACCAACACAAGCUUACAAUUUGCCCGUGCAGCAAACGAGUUAUAGUGAUUCUGCUCCUGCAGCAACCCCUAACCGCCCCCAAACGCCUCCCCAGCCUACUAUUGUCGCUCCUUCUUCUGCUUACAAUCCUUCAAGAUCUAUUCCUGCCUCUAAACCUGAAAUGGCUACCGGCACCUAUAGAACUCCUACUGGAACGGCACAACAGUUGGUUCAAAUUGCUCCUGGCCAGCAUCCUCAACAAUACGUUGGCUUCUCUCAGAUUCAUCAUCCAUCUCAGUCAAUUGCACCUACUUCAGCUGCUGCCACCAAUUAUGCUUAUGAAUUUUCUGAUCCUGCACAUGCACAAAUAUACUAUACUCAGCCUCUCCCUCCCCAAAUGGGCGCUCAACAUCAAACCAUGACAUCGGUACAUCCGGCAGUGUUACCAGAGGCUUCUUCUCAGCUUCCUGUAGAGAAUUUCAAGCAGCAAAUUCGAACUUCACAGCCUUGAAGGUGAGUUGGGGCAAGAAGAAACAAUUUUGCAGCCAUGGGUUUGGUAUAUCUUUGAAUUUUCAGUGAUAAAUGUUUGCAUUGCCAUAACUAUUGGUUUGUGAUGUGUAUUUGUCAUAGGUAAUAAGAAACUUGGGUUUUUAUUUUUCUUUUCUAUUUGUAUGUUAUGUUAUUACUGUCAAAGUUAUAAUGGUCUGAAUUUUAUACUGUACAAGCUCAAACUCAUGAUACUUGCCCAGUUCUAUGUAUAUGUCAAAGAAUAAAAGUAGCAUAGUGGCUGAGGGCUUUAAUUUAUAUUUUAAGAUAAUAGCAAUUCAUGGUUUAUUAGACUU